AUGAGUGAUGACUCAAGCAUGUCUGGAACUGAAUCCAAUCAAAACCCUUACUACACAGAGUCAGAGUUUGAUUCCCAUCAUGAAACUUCUUCUAAUUAUGACAGUGGUGAUGAUGCUUCUUCUAUUAGCUCAAGAGCCUCACAAAUCAAUCCAAAUGAUCCUGAUGAGCAAACUCAAAAUAGCUCUGAAUCGGAACCAGAAACUCAGGAUGAAAUUUCUUCUAAUGAUUCUGAUGAUGACAAAUGGUCUGCUUCUGAUAGUGAAGAGAUCUUGACCUCCAAUUAUUCAGAAACAUCCGGUUCCGAUGACCCAUCUUACUCAACUGCUUCCGAUACCAAUUCUGACUCAUCCGAGAUAGAUUCUUCUUUUGCACAUGAAAAGUAUCAAAGAAACCUUGUCAAAAAUCUCUUGUUAGCUGGCCACCGAGGUCCCCAGAUUUUGAAGAUUCUUAAGGAAGAACAUGGAAUAAAAAUUUCUGCUUGCAGCAAUCUAAGUCAAAAGCAAAAACGAUGGGGACUGUGA